AUGGACGACGCGAUCCCCGUCUCCACGCGCCUCCGCCGCACCACGCCCUACCACGACGCCUACACGUGGACCCCGACCCGCGCCCUGCUCCGCGGCGAGAUCCCCGUCCCCGCCACGCUCCAGCUCUGCAUCGGCCACCGCUGCCUCGUGUUCCACCUCGCCCGCGCCGACGCCGUCCCGGAGGCGCUGCGCCGGUUCCUCGCCGACCCCAGGGUCACCUUCGUCGGCUCGGGCUCCGCGCACGACGGCCGCAUGCUGUGGGAGCACUACGGCCUCGACGUCGCGCGCGGGCGGGAGCUCCGCGCCGUCGCCGGCAUGGGGAACGCCUCCGUCGAGCAGAUGGCGGAACGGUUCCUCGGGUACCCCGGGAUCUGCAAGCCCAGGGAGGUCUCCAUGAGCGCCUGGCACGCGCCGCGCCUCUCGCUUGACCAGGUCCAGUACGCCUCCGUCGACGCCUACCUCGCCUUCCGCCUCGGCGUCGUCCUUCUCUGCCCCGGCGGCGCCGCGCCUCCACCACCUCCCGCCCGGGCCCAGCAGCGCGCUCCCGUCCAACGCGUCCCCGCCGUCGUCAACCCUGCGCCUCGUGCUCCCGUGGUCGUCCACGCUGCGCCUCCCGUCCAGCGCGCUCCCGCCGUCGUCCGCCAGGCUCCUGCUCCCGUGGUUGUCCAGCCGGCGCCUCUGGUCGUCGUCCGUCCGGCGCCUCCAGCGUUCUUUGGAGUGCCAGUGCCAGCCGUGGGUGCCAACGUGGCCAUCACCAGCGGCAAGGUCAUGGGCACCCACGCCGGCGUGACUGAUGAUUCUGACACGGAGAGCGAGAUGGACUCCUACGACGACGUGUACCGCGCUGCUACCCGUGGUCUGCCCGUCCGAGCUUAUGCUUCAGAUUCCGACUACAGCCUCGACUCCUCGGAUGGGUUCGAGGAUGUCAGGUUUGGAGCCUUCACGGAUGAGGAAGAUGAGGACGAUGGCAGCUACGCCGGGACUGGAUCUCUGGCUGCUGACGACAUCGACAGCAAUGGGGAUGACGAUGAGGAGGAUGAGGAAGGCUGUGAUGAAGAUGAUCAAGAUGAUGAUGAGGAGGAAGGCUGCAAAUGA